GCUGGUGCUCCCUGUUUGUGGAUGGAUGUCUUGACAUUUAUCCCCUGGCUGUCGGCGGUGGUGAGGCUGGGGAAGGUGGCGUUGGAAGUGGACAUGUAUUGUCGCCGUUGCCGUCGUCUUGGGACUGCUACUGUUGUUGGGCCCCUUGUUUUCUUGUCCCUACCAAGGAUGCUCAACCUCUCGAUCUUAUUUUCCUUCCUCGGUUCUGUUCAGGCUUUCUUCCUUGAGGGAGCGUUUCCUUGACUUUGUUGCCAGGUGCCGGCUCAUGUCUUGUUCUGCUCAAGGUGUAAAUGUAAAGUGUCUUUAGAUUAACCUCUGUUGUGAAUUGGUGCAAUAUUAACACAAGUGACUUGAACCUCUCUCAAAAGUGGGAUUUGAUGACAUUUAUUUGCUCAGAGGUCCGCGACUUCAUGUAUGGAAGGUUUUAGGGCCGACUGGAUUUUGGCCUUGAAUGAUAAACAUGUUAAUAAAUUACUACAGUUCCGACUGUCAUGAAAAAAAAAUCACCAUUUUGCUUGGCAGUUGUCAGCGGUUUUCUGACUUGUUCUACUGUAGUAAGGUAAUGAAAGAGCAGAAUUGUGUGAUAAAAACAUACACCCGUUUAAACAUUAACGGGGGGCGAUUGAAAAGGCUUUGCAUUGCACGUUGUUCUGCAGUCCGGCGAGCGCUGCAUCAUGAGCUCCUUCACGCACGUCCUGAAAGAGAUCGGCGAGUUCGGCUGGUUCCAGAAGCGCUUGGUGGUGGCCUUGUGCAUCCCCAACAUCUUCGUCGCCUUCGACGUCAUCGGUCAGGUCUUCACGGGCCUCGACUUCCCAAACUUCUGCGACACUGACUGGAUCCUGGAGCGGGGAGAUGCCAACCUGACCCUGGAGAGGCAGAAGGAGCUCACCAUCCCCGUAAACCCGGAUGGAAGCUUCCAGAGCUGCCUCAUGUUCACGCCGGUCGACUCCGACCUGGAGACCAUCGAGCUGUACGGCCUGAACGUGACCACGAGCUGCCUCAAUGGAUCAAAGCUUGAGGUGCCAACUGGGGCGUCCAGCAUUGUGACAGAGUUUAAUCUGGUCUGUGACAGAAGAACCUUGAUUGAGGUGUCUCAGUCUAUUUACAUGGCCGGGCUUCUGAUUGGAGCCUUCAUAUCGGGCGGCAUGGCCGACAGGCUUGGUCGCCGCUUUGUGGUCUUGCUUGGCAUUCUUCUUCUUUUCCUGUUUGGAGUCAGUGCUGCGUUCUCUCCCAAUAUCUACGUUUAUAUUGUUCUUAAAUUCCUUUGCGGUGUGUCCAUGGCGGGAAUCCUCACCAAUUCAUUUGUGAUAGGUGGCGAGUGGUGCGACUCGUCAAAGUUUGCCUUCUGCACUAUUAUCAGUCACAGUUUUUAUCCCAUCGGUCUCAUACUGUUGUCCGGUCUCGCCUAUUUCAUCCGCGACUGGAGGAUCCUCCAACUGGCCCUCUACGGCCCUCUCCUUAUUGUCCUGGCCACGUUUUACUGGAUUCUCCCAGAAUCGGCUCGUUGGCUCAUCACUCAGGGCAGGAAGGAGGAGGCCGUGAAGGAGGUGCGCAGAGCGGCAAAAGUCAACGGGAAGGAGGUGUCCCAAGAUUUGCUGGACAAGAUGGAGGUGGGUGAGACACCCAACAGAGGCAGCAUGUUGGACAUCUUCAGGAUACCAUACCUGAGAAAACGAGCGCUCUGCAUGAGCUGCGUCUGGUUUGGAAUCAGCGUGAUGUACUACGGCCUGAGCCUGAGCGUUGGCAACUUUGGACUGAAUAUCUACCUCACACAGCUCAUCUUUGGCCUGGUGGAGUUUCCCGCCCGUCUGGGUUCUCUGCCGCUGAUUGGGCGCUUCGGGAGGCGACGGUGUGAGGCCAUGUUGUUGUUGCUUGGAGGGUGCGCUUGCCUCUCCAUUAUUGCCGUGCCCAAAGACCUUCCUGUCGUUGCGACCGUCAUUGCCAUUCUUGGGAAAUUUGCAUCCACUGGCUGCUACUGCAUCGUCUAUGUUUACACAGCAGAGCUGUACCCCACCACACUAAGGCAGAGUGGCGUAGGUCUGAACUCCAUGUGCGCUCGCAUGGGAGGCAUCCUGGCCCCCUUGAUAAGGCUCCUGGCCGACUAUCAUGACUCCCUCCCCAUGUUCGUGUACGGCAUCGUACCUGUUUGUGCAGUGGGCCUCUGUCUGCUGCUGCCAGAGACCCUCAACACCGAACUUCAGGAGCACGUCAUGCUGAAGAGGGUUGACACAGGAUACAUAGAAGGUGAAGAAAACUGAAGCAAAAUCAGAGCAUUGUGGUUUAUAUGGACAAUUACAAACAUUUGCGCUGUUGUGGGGGCAACAGCGGCUUAUCAACAAAACACCAGAGGAUUUUGUCAAGAAGGUGCCCUCAAUCUGCUCACACAACUGUCCCGGAAUGAUAUUAACAUUAUUUAUUUGUAUUUUGUCUUUUGUACAAGUUAUUAUUUUGUGAGUAUGCUAUUCCAAUUUUGUGGGACUUGGUGGUGGUGAAGAUGGAGUAUGCUAAAGGACCUAAAGAGGAACCCUGAGGUACACCUCUGUCAAUAAACUUCAUAACAUUAUCAUUUUAAGUUCA